AUGUCGCGUGUCCGCUUUGCCAUCAUGGACCCAGGAAGUGUGCUAGAGCUCGGCCGCGAUGCCACACGCCGCUUCUUCAACUGGUUCUACUGGAGCAUCAACGUGGGGGCCGUGUUCGCGCUGCUGCUGGUGGCCUUCGUCCAGCAGAACGUCAGCUUCCUGCUGGGCUAUAGCAUCACCCUGGGCUGUGUGUUCCUGGCCUUCUUCAUCUUCCUCUUCACCACCCCAGCCUUCGUCUCCAAGCCCCCCAUGGGCAGCCAGGUGUCCUCCAUGCUCAAACUGGCGCUGCGCAGCUGCUGCCCCCAGCUGUGGCAACAACGCUAUGCCAGAGACCCCCGAGGCGCUCACCUGCUGCCUGACCAGAGGGCUCCCCAGCCUGGUCCUUCCCCACAGGAGGACGUCGCCAACUUCCAGGUGCUGGUGAAGAUCCUGCCCGUCAUGGUGACCCUGGUACCUUACUGGAUGGUGUAUUUCCAGAUGCAGUCUACCUAUGUUCUGCAGGGCCUGCACCUCCACAUCCCCAGCAUCUCCUCCGACAGCCACACCAACUCAUCCAUGGCCCUGAGGGCCUGGGGCAGCGGCUACAGGAUCCCGGAAGCCUGGCUCCUGCUGGCCAACGUGGUGGCUGUGCUCAUCCUGGUCCCCCUGAAGGACCGCCUGCUGGACCCCCUGCUGCUGCGCUUCGGGCUGCUCCCCUCGGCCCUGCGGAAGAUGGCCCUAGGCAUGCUCUUCAGCCUCACCUCUGUGGUUGCCGCAGGGGUCCUGGAGAUGGAGCGCUUACGGUAUGUCCACCGCAACGAGACAGUGCCCCAGGUGAUUGGGAAGGACCUGCACUGGGCCGCCCCACUUUCCAUCUGGUGGCAGACCCCCCAGUACCUGCUCAUCGGGAUCAGUGAGAUCUUUGCCAGCAUCCCAGGCCUGGAGUUUGCCUAUGGGGCAGCGCCGCGCACCAUGCAGAGCGCCAUCAUGGGCAUCUUCUUCUGCCUGUCAGGCGUGGGCUCCCUGCUGGGUUCCAGCCUGGUGGCCCUGCUGGCCCUGCCGGGGGGCUGGAUGUACUGCCCCAGGGGCUUCGAGAGCAGCGACAACUGCCGCAUGGACCUCUAUUUCUUCCUGCUGGCCGGUGUCCAGGCCCUCACUGCUGCGCUGUUUGUGUGGAUCGCGAGGCGCUAUGAGAGGACGCGGCAAGGGGCGGCCUCGCGGCGUGGCCCACGCACCAACAGGAGUUGAGCUCGCCCCUGCCCCACCGGACA